AUGUCCAAGCAUGUCCAAGCCAUCGUCACCACCCUCACCAUCGUCACCAUCUCGCGAAACACCCGACUCGUCGUCUCGGACAAGCAAACGGCAUCUUCAAUGGCCUCGCCUCCGCCCAGCCCAGAUGCCGACCGCCGCUUCCGCGAGCUGUACGCCCGCCCGCCCGACUUCAAAGCGCUCUCGCGCCUCGACCCCGACUUUGCAGCAGUCGCAAAGGGACGCGAACUCGACUUUUCGGAUCCAAAGGCCGUCAUGCAGCUGACCAAGACGCUCCUCCGGCUCGACUUUGGCCUCGAGAUGCAUCUCCCAGACACGAGACUGUGCCCGCCGGUCCCCAACAGACACAACUACAUCCUGUGGCUAAAGGACCUCCUCGACACCUCGUCGUACAGCAAGCCCGGGCGGGAACUCACCGGCUUGGACAUUGGCACCGGCGCCAGCUGCAUCUACCCGCUGCUGGGGUGCGUCCAGCGGCCAUGGUCGUUCAUCGCCACAGACAUUGACGACGAGAGCCUACGCUUCGCCAGAAACAACGUCGAGCGCAACGGCCUGUCGGGCCGGAUCCGCCUCGUGGCGCGGUCCCCCGGCGACCCGCUGAUCCCGCUCGACGAGCUCGGCAUCGCCUCGAUCGACUUCGCCAUGACGAACCCGCCGUUCUACGAGUCGGAAGAGCAGCUCCUGCGGAGCGCGCAGAGGAAGCGGCGGCCGCCCUGGACGGCGUGCACGGGCGCCAAGACGGAGAUGGUCACCCCGGGCGGCGAGGCGGCCUUUGUCGACGCCAUGUUUGCCGAGUCGCUGCGCCUGCGGGGCCGCGUGCAGUGGUACACGGCCAUGUUGGGCUUCCUGUCCAGCCUGGCCGGCUUCGUCGACAAGCUGCGCGGCGCGGGCGUGGGCAACUACGCCGUGACCGAGUUUGUGCAGGGCGCCAAGACGCGCCGCUGGGGGGUGGCCUGGUCCUUUGCCGCCAUGCGGCCCGCGGGGCACGCCGCGCGCGGCACCCGGGCGGCGCUGCUGUCCAGGAACCUGCUGCCGGCGGCGAGCGAGGCGGAGAUGGAGGUCCCGCGGGCGGGGGCGGGGGCGGAAACGGAAGCGGCCGAGGACCGCGCGCGCGUCGUCGCCGCCCUCUCGGCCAGGCUGGCGGCCGCCAUGGCGGCGCUGGAUCUGCUGUCGUGGGAGUGGGACGACGCGGCGCUCGAGGGCGUCGGCCGCGCGCCCGACAAGGUGUGGGCGCGGGCGUGGCGGCGGCGCACGAAGCGCGGGCGGGACGGCGCCCCGGCGCAGGGGGGCCCGGCCGGCGCGUUUGGCUUCGCCGUGUGGAUCCGGGCGUCGGCCGCGCGCGCGAGCCUGGGGUGCCGGUGGCUGGAGGGCUUCGAUCCCGCCGUGUUUGAGAGCUUCCAGGGCUUUCUGAGGCGCGUGGUCGAGGGGGCCUGA